UCGUCAAAACUACACUAAACAAUGACCUGCUAACUUUUUCUUAUCCCGCUCUCCUAGGGUUUAUUAGGUUUUUUUCGAACGAAAAUGAGAUCCACGUUUAAUGAGAAGAAAGAUGAGAGGAGAGCCAAAGUGAACGUGAAGACGAGGAAGCUAAUAGCUAAAGAUAAAUCGAAUUCUCAUCGUGGUGAAAAUACGGUAAGAUCCAUAUUUUGUUUGAAAACCAAAUCCAAACUCAGGGAGACCGAAAAGAAAGAAGAUUGUUUUAUUCUUGAUUAUGUCCCCAACGACUCCCUGCAUGAAAUUUCUACUUCCAAUGAUAAUGAAAAUGAAGUCUACAUUGUUGCUGAAAAAGGACAGGUGGCUUGUAGAGAUUUUCCACAUUCAAGGCAUACCUGCGCGAACUUUCCAUUCAGGAAGACCAACCAUGAAAGCUACUGUCAAAUGUGCUACUGUUUUGUCUGCGAUAAAGUAGCUCCUUGCAUAAUGUGGUCGAGCGGGCAUUGUCAUGCUACAAAUAAUGAAACCUGGAAGUGGCAGAGGACACUUAUGAAAAUGCGUAAACAUGUGCAAGUAAUGGAUAGAUAUUUGAAAGUGUUGGAUGAGGUUCUUACUGCUUGGGAGAAUCAAUAUCCAGUGCCCUGGGAAACUAUACAGGAGCGUCGUGAAGCUGACCGUGAAUUAAGUAAAAGUUGCGCUGAAAUCAGCAAAAUUUUCGAAUAAACAUCAAGUAUC